UUACACACUCAGUGUUCCUCUUGUGUCAAAGAUGCAGGUUGUCAGUGGUGGACAAUCACUUUGGAUAUACACUCUGCUAUUCACUUCUCUACAACUUUGGGGAAGGAUUUUGGCUUCCACUACCUCUCCUCCGCCAGUGCCUACACUUAAAAUCAGUUCGAGGUCAAAGAACUUUGUGGUUCUGGCAUGCCGCACACCAGAGGGCCACAGAGGAGAUAUGUUCAUGCUGUACCGGUACACAGAAAAGAUGGACUCUAAGGAGCUGCAGUCCGGUGCUGAGGAGGUUCUGUUCAAUGUGACGGUCAAUGAGGGGGAUCCAGCCCAACUCUUCUGCUGUCUGUACAAGGACCAGGAUGGUCCUUACAGUCCGUUCAGUCCCUUUUUGCAGCUGGAGUCUCUAAAAGAUGCUGCCCCCACCAGCACCAUUCCCACGUUCCCUCCUCCGGUCUUGUCUGUGAGUCCCUCUGAUGGUGCGGUUAAACGUGGGGACACCCUGUCCUUCAGAUGCUCGGUCCCUCAUCAACCCCACUCUCAAUCCCAGCCGAGAUAUCACAACAAACCCGUGACCUUCCUUUUGCUGAGGACAGCUGAGCGAAUGGGGGCGACGUCUGUUACCCUCCAGCCUCAGGCCAGUCGGGCAUCAAACCCUGAACCCGAGCCUGGAGUCUUCAGCGUGGGGCCGGUGAUGGGAGGAGAGGGGGGAGAGUACACGUGCAUUUACCAGAUCAGCAAAAGCAGUGUGUUGGUUAAUUCAACUGUCAGCAACGUGGUCCAAAUCACUGUUACAGACGCGUUGCCAGUUCCCACCCUCGUCCUCCAGCAGCAGACAGACGUGUGGCAUUUGCUCUGCACGGGGUCGCCCGCUUACCCCGGCGCUGUGUUCUCCCUCUACCCGGCUGAUAAUGAAACUCCUGUUGCCACUCAGCAUGCCGCUCUGAUCAACCAUCAGGUCACCUUCCCAGUGCCUGUCCAGGACACUCUGAUGGCUUUGUACCAGUGCCAGUACGAGGUCAAGCUGGGAGACCAAUGGAGCAAGUCUGAGCUCAGCGUCCUAUUGGCUGUAACCAAAGGAAUUCCUCCUCCACCAUCAACAGAUCUGUCCGCUGUGGACUGGCCUCUCGUUCUGGGUUCGAUCUCCACUGUGGUGUUGUUCCUCUGCUCAGUGGCACUCGUGGUUGUGGUGGCACACCGGAAAGUAAAAGCAGCAGCCAAGCGAAAGAAGAAAAGACAGGAAUCACAGUUCUGGACUCAAGUUCACGCUAAGGACCAUGUGGUUGACCUUACACUCAGGCGUGCAAGCUUCACCUCUCAGGAAUUGGCCAGUCUGGACACAACUACAGGGACGGCCUCCAGAUCUCCUCUAUGGAACUCACACUCCACAUUCACAACCCCGAUCCAUCCGAUCCAUUAGAAAUGUUUGUUUUCUUUAUCUCCCUCAGCGUGUGUUUGUACUUUAUUUGACUUUAUCAAUGUAGCAUCAGUCAGAGUUACACAGCAGGACAGGAAGGGCUAUUUCCUCAGUUCCUAUUUCAUGUGUAGCAGAAAGAUUGUACAAUUUGACAGGAUAUGAUGUUUGUUUGAGCUUACGUGUCACUGAGCCAGUAUUAGCCAAUAUUAUUAUUAUCAUCAAGUUUGUAUCUGUUUUGUAAAUAUACCUUACCUUAAGUUGACCUUCAAAGUUUAUACUUAAAACAAUCUUACUGCCAGCUCCUUUUACUAGCUGAGCUGGAGCUUUCAGUUUUCUCACAAGAUCUUCAUAUGCACUUCGACCAGAUGUCAUGGAAUUUAGUAACAGACACCAAGUGGAUUGUAUCAAUCUGUACAAUCUUCCUGGUUUGACUAAGAUUACCAUUUUUUUUUGUAGUGCUAUUUGCAGAUGUGCCAUACAUUCCAGCACCAUUGUACAAUUUGACAGGAUAUGGUGUUUGUUUGAGCUUACAUGUUACUGAGCCAGUGAAUCAAAAUACAGAUUGUAUUAAUAUUAUUAUUAUCAUCAAGUUUGUAUCUGUUUUGUAAAUAUACCUUACCUUAAGUUUUACCUUGAGCUUUCCAUUAUAUUACAGGAUCUUCAUAUGUACUCCACCCAGAAGUCAGAGAAUUAAGUAACAGCCAAUAAAUGGAUUGUAUCAAUCUGUAUAAUCUUCCUGGUUUGACUAAGAUUACCAAUUUUUUUGUAGUGCUUUUUGCAGAUGUGCCAUACAUUCCAGCACCAUCAACUGUAGUAUGUACACUUUCUAAUUAAUAUGGAGCAUUGAACAUUAUUGUUUUUUUGACGUUACAUAGAAAUGGUGAUUAUAAUAAAGUGUAUCUAUAUUGCAC